AUGAAAAUCAAAGAGUUAUUAUAUAAUGAAUUAAUAAUAAUAAAGAUAACGGAAUUUUUAACUAUACUAGAAAUACAAAAUAUGGUUAUAUCCUUAAGAAUUAAUGUAAAGAGGAAUAUAUAUUUUAUGAGAGAAUGCUUAUCUUUAAUGAAUCUAGAUACAGAUGGAUAUGAUCAUAAUGUAAGUAAUAAAAAUAAAAAUAAAAAUACAUCGACCACAGAACCUUUAUUAUUAUCAUCGAGUGUUAAUCUUACUACUGAUGUUGAUGAUUAUGUACAUAAUGCAACAUCGUAUGUAGAUGAUCAACACUUUUUACAGCAAGAAGGUUUAAAUUUAAUUACGUAUGAUGAUGAGUAUGAUGAGUAUAUAUUUAACGAUUAUAACGAAGGAGGAAACAACAAUCGUAUUGUGGACAAUAUGUAUAAUGUGAAUAAUAUGUAUAAUGUGAAUAAUAUGUAUAAUGUGAAUAAUAUGGAUAAUGUGAAUAAUAUGGAUAAUGUGAAUAAUAUGGAUAAUGUGAAUAAUAUGGGUAAUGUGAAUAAUAUGUAUAAUUAUAGUAACAAUGAUAUAUAUAAUAAUACUAGUUAUUAUAAUACACGGACAGAUGAAAACAUUGACGAUAAUUUUAUGUAUAACACAAAAUAUUCUCAUUAUGAAGAUACAUUAAAUGAUAUGACACAUUUAAUGACAACAUAUACAGAUAAUAAUAUAAACUAUUAUGAAACAAACAAAACUAACUUUGGUGCUCUAUACGAAAUUAAAAAGUAUUUGAAUUUCUUUGAACAUGAAAAAGAAGGACAUGUACAGAAAUGUUUUAAUAAUGUAUGGAUAUAUAUACACUUGAAAAAUGAACUUAUAGAUAUAAAAAAAAAUUUAGAAACUUAUUUUAUGAGAAUUAAAACAAACACCCAAGUUAAUAGAAAUAAAAAAAUACGUAUAGAUAUAUUUCAAUUAUAUAAAUAUAAUCAUACUUAUUAUACUUUUUAUGAUAUGCCAUGGGUGUCUAUUUAUUAUGAUUUUUUCUUAAAUUCCAUAUGUACACUUUGUAACAUAAAAUUAGAUCAUAGAUCCAUCUGUCUUUUUUCAGAAAAAUUUAACUUAAUUCAAACAAAUGACAAGUUGCUAAAUUAUAUUAAUAGUAUGUCCGAUCAUUUAGUAAGUAAUUUGAAAAAUGAGAAAAAACGAGAUCAUGCAAAGGUUGAUAUGGUAUUUGGGGAGGAUGUUGAAAAGGAAAAAAGAAAAAAAAAAACAGACAUGAUAAAUAAUGAUAAUAAUAACGAUAAUAAUAAUGAUAAUAAAAAUGGUAGUAAUAAUUAUGAUAAUAAUAGUGAUAAUAAUAAAAAUGAUAGUAAUAAUUAUGAUAAUAAUAGUGAUAAUAAUAAAAAUGAUAGUAAUAAUUAUGAUAAUAAUAGUGAUAAUAUUUAUAACCUUCAUGAUGAUUAUAAUGAACAUAAAGAAACCCUUGCAGAAAUUAAACUAAAUGAAGAUAUAUUUAGUUGUAAAAAUAAUAUUAAUACAUAUGAUGAAGAAUUUGUUUUUAUAAGAAAAACUCAUAUUUUUUGUGAAGAAUGUACAAAAAUUAUUGAUUAUAAAAUGAACAUAAAUUCUUUACUAGAAUCAAUUAAGAAAGAUUAUGAACUUUUAAAAAAAAUUCGAAUAAUUUAUAAGAUGAUUGAUAUCCCCUCUGAUUUAUUUUGUUUUUGUAAUUAUUUCUUUUUUAAAGAAAAAUAUAUUACAUUCUUUAAAAAUGUUAGUAAUGAUUUACAAAAUCUAAGGAAAGCUUUAAAAAAGAAAUUAACAAAUAAUUUUAUACUCAAUUUUAGUAUUAAUUUUUAUAAAUUUGUUAUUAGUUCUUUAAUAUUAUGUGAUGAAAAAAAAUUAUUCAGUCAAGAAAAUAUUUUCUUAUUUGGAUUUUAUAUUAAAUAUAGAAAUAUUCUUAAAUUAUUUAGUAGUCCUAGAUGUACACAUAUUUAUUUUUCUUUUAAUAUUAUCUAUCAAAAAAUUGUAAAAUUUCAAAGCUUUUUUAAGCAUAAACAUUUUUCAAAAUUAUCCAAAGUUUUACAUUUUGAUGUUAUUACAAUUCUUGAAAAAUUAAAACAUUCAAAAACCAAAAUGUUAUAUAAAAAUAUUGCAGUAUAUUUAUAUCAACAUUUAAACCAUAAAAUACUUCGAAAGUAUAAUUAUGACGAAGCGUAUGCCUAUUUUUUUCAGUGUCUUCAAAGGUAUCACUUUUCAUAG